AUGGAUUUGGGCGCCGUUAUUUAUACGACAUCUGGAGUAGUCACUGAAUUAAGAUGCGAGAAAUCUCGAACUUUUCUUGAAAGUUUACCAUUUGAAAUAACUAUACGAGAACCAACUAAUGAAUCUUUAUCAAUUAUGAAAAAAUUUUCAUUGAAGACUGGUGAUUAUGCAUCUCUUUCUUCUAAUGAUUUAACAGUGUUGGCGCUGUUACAUGAUCUUCAUAUUGAAUUAUACGGAGCUGAUCAUUUAAACUAUGAAUGUCGAUUAAGUAAUAAAGGGACAAAGCAAUCAUCAGAAAAAAAAGGAGUUGAUAAAAAUAGAUGCGCUGUGAAUAUGAAUGAGGAUAAAGGAAAAUCUUCGAUAACGGAUAAUGGCGAUGCUGUACUGCUCAUUAACAAAUUAGAUGAACUUAAUUUGGUGAAAAGUGGGAAGAUUGAUUCUCCUUAUGAGAUUUCCCAACUUAAUAGCGCUAGCAGUUCUAAUGAAGAUGAUGAUAAUAAUUGGAUUACUGAAAAUAAUUUCAAUGAAAAACUGCAUCAGUUUGGUGCUAUUCUUUUAUCGGCAAAUGAUUUGAAGGUUGCCUGUCUUACAACAGAUUUUGCUAUGCAAAAUGUUAUCCUACAUUUGGGCCUUAAUCUUAUUUCAUGUGACGGUUUAAGGAUUAAGUGUCUUAAAUCUUUCGUUUUAAGGUGCCGUGCGUGUUUUGGAAUAACAUCUUUAAUGGACAAGCGCUUUUGUCCUCGUUGCGGUAAUAAUUUAUUACAUCGUGUUCCUGUUACAGUCAAUGAAAAUGGCUCAGUUACAUAUCAUAUUAAUUGGCAGAAAGUUUUUUCAAAACGCGGAUUAAAAUUCUCACUUCCAGCUCCUAAAGGAGGAAAACAUGCAGUGAUGCCGGUUUUGUUCGAAGAUCAGCCUGUCCCGCAAAAUCGAAUGGCUAAAUUCAAUCGCAAUGAGAACGAUUCAAGCCCUUUUAAACUUAAUGAUGUUACUAGCAGGUUUUUUAAAUCUGUUGAUGAAAAUUUGUCGAUUACUGGAUAUAGUCUGCUAUACUGGGUAUCCGCACUAUGCAACGGAAAAAAAACCCCAAUGUAUCCGGUGGGGGUCGGAAACGAGGAAAUAAAAAACGAUAAUAUUUGUUGUAAAUAUAAACGGUUAAUGAUGCCAAUGUCAAACUAUUAUUGUCAUAGUUGUGAACGAGACGUAUCGCUUAGAGAUGGUGAUUUCAUUUGUGAUCAGUGUGGUGGAGAGUUUAUCGAAGAAUUACCGGAAUCAGAAAAUUCACCAGCAUCUUUACCUAUGAUGGCAAAUCCAUUCAGUUUUGUGAGUUUUAUUUCUGGUUUACUCGCAAAAUAUCAAAUGUUUGAAAAUAUGAUCUCAGGAGCGGGAACAUCAAGAACGCAGCCUCCAUCUUCCAUUCGAAUGGUUCAUGCACAUGGUGUUCCCUAUGAUGAAAAUAUUGUGAGGAUGUUUUUAAAUCAAUUACUAUCUAAUUUAUCAGCACGAGGUGCCCAUAUUCAAGUGCAGUUUACUCAAGAUCCGAGUUUUCUUCCUACUGGUAUAUUACACGGUAGCAUGGCUGAUUAUGUAUGGGGUGAAGGUGGACUUGAUCAAAUUGUAACGCAAAUUCUUAAUCAAUAUGAAGGUAGAAACAAUCCAGUUGACCCAAAACUUAUUGGAAAUUUACCGAUGACCACAGUUCAACAAAAACACGUCGAUUCUGGAACGCAAUGUUCUACUUGCAUGGAAUAUUUUGUUAAAGAUGAGCCAGUGGCUAUACUUGACUGUCAGCAUCUUUUUCAUCGCGAAUGCAUAUUACCAUGGUUCGAGCGACACGAUACUUGUCCUAUAUGUCGAAAAGCUGUCGACCCAGCGAAAUGGCCUAUUAGUAAUCCCCUUGAUGAGCUUGAUUAA